AAUUCACGUCAUUUCGCCGUUUUACACACAUCCAGAUCAAUGAGAGAGAGAGAGAGAGAGAAAACAGGGCUCUCUCACUCUUUAGUCUCGCUCUUCCAGGAAGGGAUUAUUAACCAGCACGCUGCCGACAUAUGAAGGGAGACACACGCAGACAAAAGAAGUUUUCACGCCGCCAGCCGCGCCAUGGACCCGGGCAGCAGAUAAAUAAAAAAAGGCGGGCUACAUGAAAAAAACAACAACUUCUCCCACAGCAACGAGCCGAGCGGUCGGACUGCCGCUUCUCCUCCUGCGGCUGCUGCCAUAGGAAAGAAGGGAGAUAAAAAAGAAAGAAAGAAGAGAGCACAGCGGAAAAGUGGAAGGAGAAGGAGAGAAGUUGACGGGAGAUAAUGUCCGAUCCCUCCUGCGCUGCGAACAAGCAGGAGAGGAGCUCUUUCAGUCCUUCCGCGAACCCGCUGCCAAACUCCACUUCCUCCCCCGUCCAUGCUCCCGCCGCGAGGCCAGCCAGCCGAAUGGAGGACGAGCCUGCCAGGCUGCCUGCGCACCUGCGUUUGCAGCCAGUCUUCUGGAGCAGGGAGGACGUGGCCCAAUGGCUGCGAUGGUCCGAAAAGGAGUUUGCCCUACGGCCGAUCACCAGCGGCUCAUUCCAGAUGAACGGCAAAGCCCUGCUGCUGCUCACCAAGGAGGACUUCCGCUACCGAUCCCCGCACUCCGGGGACGUCCUCUAUGAGCUGCUGCAGCACAUCCUGAAGCAGAGGAAGCCCCAUGUGUUUUACCCGUCUGCCUACUUCCCUGGGAACUCCUUCCACUCGCUGCCUGAAAGCGCUGUGCCGCAACUGAAGCUUGAAGAAACGGUACGACGGGCACCACGUGGUUCAGAGCCACUCCCCCAGCAUCCACCAACCAUCGAGCUGCGGCACCGCUCCCGCUCCCUCCACCAUCCACCCACCAGGCGAUCCCCUCCAGAGCCCACCCAUCCCCGUCCCGCCAAUGACGACCCCCUCCAGACCUUCUCGCAGCUGCCCGACAGCAACCAUCACCUGCCCGAGGAAAUGUACCCACUGUCGGUAUCGCCAGCUGCGCCCAACGGCCGCUGCGCCACCCCCCGUGAAGCCCCCUGCCCGGGCAGCCCCGGGGGCCAGGAGGCGGGCCCUCCUCGCGUCAUCCAGCUUAUGCCGAGCGCCAUCAUGAACCCCCUGCUCCUCAGUCCAAACAGGAGCAGUGGGGGCGCCGCCAUGGACUUCAGGCACAGCCGUGGUGGGAAUGCGUUUCAGGUGAAGCUCGAGAACGGGCGCGAGGAAAAAAUCCACAGCCACCAUCAUCAGAUACCACUGGCUCAGCAGCAGCAGCAGCAGCAGCAGCACAUUCUGCAGCAGCAGGAGGAGGCGCUCUACAGGAACCACGUCAUCAUGCCCGUGUCUCCUCCAGAGGAGCAACAAAUACCCAUCGGACGGAUAGCCGACUGCAGGCUGCUGUGGGACUACGUCUACCAGCUCCUGUCAGACAGCAGGUACGAGAACUACAUCCGCUGGGAGGAUACAGAAAGCAAAGUCUUCCGCAUCAUGGACCCCAACGGCCUUGCCAGGCUCUGGGGCAACCACAAGAACAGGACCAAUAUGACGUACGAGAAGAUGUCGCGAGCACUGAGACACUACUACAAACUGAACAUUAUCAGGAAAGAGCCUGGACAAAGACUUCUAUUCAGGUUCAUGAAGACUCCCGAUGAGAUCAUGAACGGAUCGACGGACCGGUUGGAGCACAUGGAGUCCGACACAGACGAACAAAGCUACAUCAAAGAGGAAUGCUGAACUCUGGGAAAACGAGUCCAUGAAUUACUUAACUACUACAGCCGCUGAUGCCUUUCAGAAGCAGCCUGAACAAUCAUUGAAUCCGGAGCGCAUGGACGUUCGCUCGUAUCGGUCCUACACCGAGACACGAGAUCUGCCCUCUCUUAAGAUUGCCUUAGGAUGACACAGUCCUGAAGUAGAACGACAGAAACGGCGUCAGCAGACGGAUGGAGCCGACAGGACUUCCUAAGUGUUCCCUUUUUAUUUCUGAAUGAACAGCAAAAGCCAAUCACUUUGUGCUUAUGUCACUUUUCUGAUUUGUUUGUUUGUUUGUUUUGUCCUCACAUGCAUUAUACUAUGGAAUUUUGCUGUUUGUAAAAAGAAAAUUGGGUGUGUGCGUGUGUGACCGGAAUGUUUUCACCAUGGAAUAAACAUUUUUGAUCAAACUGUA